GAUGAGGUAUGUUUCUUCACAGGUACUUAUUUAUCAACAUAAGGGUGAGGAUCCUAAUAUGCUUAAGGUGUUAUGCGAGAUCCUGAGCCAAUAAUACUGGACCUGGUUGACCAGCAGCUGAACAGCUACCUCACCAACAUACGGAAACAGCAGAAGAAUGGACUUCGUGACCUCCUCAAAAGGCAAGCGGCUGCUCCGGCACUCGGGCUACACCUACUACCGGGAGUACGUGUCGAGCGUAGGCGACCGCUCGCUGUGGCGCUGCUCCACGCACUGGUCGCGCGGCUGCCGCGCCACUGUGCACACCAGCGCCGACGCCAUCGUGCGGCGCAAGAACAAACACAACCAUACACCGUCUCUCACUUAUACCACUUAUAAUAGGAGCCCUUGGAAAAUGAGUGCGGAACCUAAAAGUGGUUUCGUACUAUCGUUUUAUGCGCGCCAGUAAGUUGGUUUUUGGGAGCGUGUGUUGGCGCGUAUAUACUAAAAUUAAAUGUGGGUUAAAAUAAUUUAAAAAAAAACGCCGCCUUUGGGGUUCUGGUGAAAGCUACUUGCCAAUGUUGGAUUAUGUAGAAAAGUUUACUUAGGUAUUAAUUUAAAGCUGCCUUUGAUGCUUUAAUUAUUUGAUGGCAACACAAAUACGUAUACCGUUAAGGUUUGAGGAGUUUCCUCAAUUCCUCAUGAAUCCGAUUAUAAGAAAUCGAAGCUUGACAAAAUUUGACAUAA